UGGUAGUCCUUUUACAUGUUUACAUUUAUUUUGGAUGCUAAUGCAGAGCUUAAACCUGGGGAGCCUGUUCUGGAUUGGCCUACUAGAAAACAUGUAGCACUUGGCACAGCACGUGGAUUAGAGUACCUACAUGAACACUGUAAUCCUAAAAUUAUUCACAGGGAUGUUAAGGCUGCUAAUGUCUUGUUGGAUGAAGAUUUUGAAGCUGUUGUUGGUGAUUUUGGCUUGGCAAAGUUAGUCGAUAUAAGAAAGACCAAUGUAACGACUCAAGUCCGUGGUACAAUGGGUCACAUAGCUCCUGAAUACUUGUCCACUGGAAAAUCUUCUGAAAAGACGGAUGUUUUUGGCUAUGGAAUUAUGCUGUUAGAGCUUGUAACUGGCCAACGGGCUAUAGACUUCUCACGCUUGGAAGAAGAAGAUGACGUCUUGCUGCUUGACCAUGUUAAAAAACUCCAGAGGGAGAAAAGACUGGACGCUAUUGUAGACUGCAACCUAAAGAAAAACUACAACAUCCAUGAAGUAGAGAUGGUGAUUCAGGUUGCAUUACUCUGUACUCAAUCAUCACCUGAAGAUCGUCCAGCAAUGUCAGAGGUUGUUAGAAUGCUGGAAGGAGAAGGGCUUGCUGAGAGGUGGGAAGAAUGGCAGCAUGUUGAAAUCACACGGAGGCAAGAGUAUGAGAGAUUACAGAGAAGAUUCGACUGGGGAGAAGAUUCAAUUUACAACCAAGAUGCUAUGGAGUUGUCUGGUGGAAGAUAAUGGUGGGCUGAUACUUCUAAACAAGUGUGUAUUUUCUUGUGAUUGGAUCUGUUUAAUGAAGUACAAUUUCAAACCAUAUUACAGAAAGCAAUACGUGUUCAUGGUUCUGCUUGCUGGUU